GGUUUUGUGAAGCGAUUCAACUGACUCAUUGAGAAGAUCCGACUCUGGCAGAAUGAAUCAUUCACAAAACGGACAUCGUUAGAACACGUGUUUUUGUAAUCUGGAGUCCUCUGUGAAGCUCAACAUAAUAAUCUGCUCUCCAUCUGUGUUCUCGUGCUGUCCUCCUCUGUCCUGUUUAAGAAUGGGCAGUGUGUUGGCUGCCAGUGCCCCCAGCCCUCCUGCCCCAGGGCCAGGUGGAGCAGGUUUGGUGUCAGUACCUCCAGGAUUCACGAUGCCCUCCAUCUCUCCCGUCUCUGCGCCUGGCAGCUCUUCAUCCGGGCUCCAGGAGCCCGAACCUCCUCUUUCCAACCCCGGUGGCUUUGAAGAGUGCCACCGCAAAUGCAAAGAGGUGUUUCCUGUGCAGAUGGAGGGUGUUCGACUAACAGUGAACAAGGGCUUGAGCAACCACUUCCAGGUCAACCACACAGUGUUGUUAAGCACUCUGGGAGAUUCCAGUUACAGGUUUGGAGCUACUUAUGUGGGGACCAAACAAACAGGACCAGCAGAGGCCUUUCCUGUCAUAGUUAGUGACAUGGACAACACAGGGAGCCUAAAUGCACAGAUUAUUCAUCAGAUCACAGACAGAGUGCGCUCGAAAUUUGCAAUCCAGACUCAGCAGCAGAAGUUUGUGAACUGGCAAGGAGAUGCUGAGUUCAAAGGAGAAGAUUUCACUGCUGCUGUGACCUUCGGCAACCCAGACGUCUUGGUUGGGUCAGGAAUUGUAAUAGCUCAUUAUCUCCAGUCUGUCACUCCGUCACUGGCAUUAGGAGGAGAGCUGGUGUACCACCGACGGCCCGGAGAGCAGGGAACAGUCAUGUCUCUGGCGGGCCGGUAUACAGGCAGCAACUUUAUCGCCACACUGACACUAGGAGGAGCCGGAGCUCAUGGGUCGUAUUACCACAAAGCCAACGAUCAGUUGCAGGUUGGCGUGGAGUUUGAAGCAAGCACCAGUAUGCAGGACACUAGUGUAUCAUUUGGAUACCAACUGGACGUCCCCAAAGCUGAUCUGGUCUUUAAAGGAUCCUUAGACAGUAACUGGGUGGUUGGAGCCACGCUUGAAAAAAAGCUGCAGCCUCUGCCUCUGUCACUGGCCCUCUGCGCUUUCCUCAACCACAGAAAAAGCAAGUUCCAGUGUGGGUUUGGCAUCACCAUUGGUUAAUACUUCCUUGAUUACUGCUGUAUUUUACACACCAGCGCUGUUGCUGGUGAAACAGUAAAGAUUGGACACACUUGCAUAUUUAUCCACAUCAGUCAGUAAACAUGAAGCAAAAUAAAGUAAUAUUUUCUUGUUAGUUCCAUGUAUCAGACCAACUUUUGCAGUGAUAAUUCCAGUAUAUCCAAAAACAUACAUUUAAAAACAUCACUACUGCUUGAUGCAUUUAAAACAGAAACCAAGAACAUAUACACACAUACAAUUUGCCUUUCAUUUUGUUUUUUACAUUAAUUUUUAAUAUAUUAUUUCCUUGUUUGUUUUUUGUUUUGUGUUUGAAGUAGUAGUUCUGGAUUCGUUUAUUUUCCCUACGCAAUGAGUAGGGACUUUUUUUCACAAUGAUUUUAAUCAUGUUGCUGGAUCUCUGUACUCAUGUAAGUACCUAUAUAAAUAAAAUAUAUGCAUUGCAAGUAUUGUGAAA